AUGGCCUGCCUGGUGUUCCCUGGCCCCAUGCACUGUCUGCUGCUCCACACGGGCUUAGAGGGCACAGCUGAGCUCCAGCUGUCGAUGCCAACCCACCAAGGGGAGGACGAGGAGAAGAGGGGCAAGUGGUGCUCCCUGCAGUACCAGCACACCACGGUGCGCGUCCUCACCCAGGUCGUAGCCGAGGCGCCCAAUGUGAGUCAGCUGAGCUCCAUGCUGGCCCCCGACUGGCAGCUGGACAUCACCGACCUCAUGGCCGAGUUCAUGAAGGUGGAGGAGCCCAGAUUCAUGCAGCUCCAAGGAGGCAGGACCCUGGUGGGCCAGGAGCCGGGGAUGACCACCGACGGUGUGCUCUCGCUGCUGUCCGACUCUAUCCUGGCCGAGAAGAUGGUGAUCGUGCUGGAUGAGAGCAUCACCAUCGCAGACCUGGGUGUGCAGCUGGUGGCCGGCUUGUCCCUUGCCCUGCAGCCUCACAGAGUGGACAAGAGAGCCAUCGUCUCGGCGGUGUUGGCCCAGGACGUUAUCCAGACCCCGCAGCAGGUGGUUUUUCUUAGUUGUUGGAUUUUGGUCAGUGAUGGUUUGGUGAUACCCUUAGACAUUUAUGACCCCAAGGAUUUUUCAGUUACUGUGUCGUCAUUGGGUGAAAUGGUGGUGUCUGUCCAGGCAAACCUUCAGUCUAGAUGGCUGGUGGUUGUCGCACAGGGUGAAGGGCAAGGGCCCUUGAUUAAACUAGAAAUGAUGAUUAGUGAGCCCUGUCAGAAGACCAAGAGGAAGAGCGUUCUUGCUGUGGGUAAAGGAAAUGUCAAAGUCAGAUUUCAACCAAAAAUUGAUGAGCACCAAGGAGGCACAAAAGACAUUGAAGGCAUCAGUGGAUAAUACAAAGACCACCUCAGUAAUGCCAUAGAGCGUGAAGGGAACCAGGAGGGAGCAGAUCAGGAGUGGUUCCAACAUGGCGCCUCUGUUGGCCAUGAGGAACGUAGCAACAAAAGCACAACCGCAUGGUCUCCGCAGGAAGGAAAGGAUAAGUCACUCAAUGGCAGUUCAGAUGCCUUCACAAGCUUCCCCAGUCAAGGGAAAUUACCAGAAACCAGUAAUCUCAGUGACCUGACAGUGACCUCAAGGGGGUUGACUGACUUGGAGAUAGGCAUGUAUCUGCUCUGUGUCUUCUGCCUGGCCAUUUUGGUCUUCUUGAUCAACUGUGUGACAUUUGCUUGGAAAUACAGACACAAAACAUUCACCUCAAGAGAGCAAGACAACAUCCCCCAUUCCCAUGACUGGGUCUGGCUUGGGAAUGAGGUGGAACUUCUGGAGAACCCCCUGGACAUCACCCUCCCGUCGGAGGAGGGCACGACCAUGAUAGACAGGGGGCUGCAGUUCGAAGAGAGGAACUUCCUUCUCAACGGCGGUUCCCAGAAGACCUUCCACAGCCAGCUGCUCAGGCCCUCUGACUAUGUCUGUGAGAAGGACCUGAAAAGUGAGCCUCUGAAUCCAUCAGGCCCAAAGCAGAAGCGAGUCAAGUUUACGUCCUACACCACCAUCCUCCCGGAGGACGGCAGCCCGUACACCAACUCCAUCCUGUUUGACAGUGAGGACAACAUCAAGUGGGUGUGUCAGGACACGGGGUUGGGGGGCCCUCGGGACCUCAGAGACUACAUGGAAAGGCUGCAGGACCCCAUGUGA